AUGAUACUCAGAACGUGCGGCACCACCCUUUCCUUCUACUUCUCGUGGGCUGAUGGUGAACGAACAAAGCGGCCGAUCAUUUUCAUAGCGCAUAGCCUCGGCGGCAUCAUCUGCAAAACGGCCUUGUUGUACUCGGAAGGGGCGCGUGCCUGGGAAAUGAAAGCAGCCAGAUCGGUAGCCGAGUCAACACUGGGGAUCAUGUUCUUUGGCACGCCACGCAUGGGGUCGCCUCAGGCCCAGUGGGCAACAAUAUUGCUGUCGGCAGUAUCCAACGUCAGAGAAGUGAAUGCUGGUCUAGUUGCCCAACUACACAAGGACAACCCAGACUUGUUGGACCUUCAGGAUAAGUUCUAUGGCUUCCUUAGCUACCGCAAAGAAUGUAGGAGGCCCAUCGCAGUCGGCUGUUGCUAUGAACAGAGACCCCUUGUCGGUGCAGGAGAGAUCGUACCCUAUGCAUCAGCCAAAAUGGUUGGUUACUCGGAGAUUCCGAUCCCUUCGGAUCACAGAGACAUGGUCAAAUUUCCAGACAAGGCAUUUGUUGGUUAUGACAGAGUGUUGAGUUCCCUGAAAGCAUGGACCAAGAUGGACAGACAGGCUUCGGAAGCAGGGGAACAGGACCAGAGCAGUCCAAGGGGGCGUGGAACCGUGAUUCAGGGGGGGGCCGUCACGGGUGGUGUUCAUGGCACAUUCAGCGGUGGAUCAGCGGGCAGUGUAUUUGGGAUUACAAUCAGAGGUCCUAAGCAGGGACACUUGGAUAUCAAAGGGGUUCUUGAUCUCGAGGUGGUGUUAGGGAAAGCGACAGAACAUUGGACAUUCAAGGCAGGGAUCGUGAGAAUGCUUCUAGAGACACAAGGCACCAGGAAGCUGGCUGUCAUGGUCAAUCUCAACGUUACCUCGUGUCGUGUGGUUCACGAAGUUGUGUCUGCGGCUGCGAGACACCGUCAGCGAUACGAGGACCCCAGUUGUUUUUCCAUAAUGAUGAUGGUGGUGGUGGUGACGAUGACGGUCAUCGUCAACGUGGUAUAG